AUGUCUGAACUAACGUCUAUAAUAAUGAUCAGUUGUUUUGAAUUAAUUUACAUUGGAAAAUUUGUAUCUCAUAUCUGGCGCAUACUUUUUGAUAGUCAACUAUCCAUUGUAUUGACAAAACUUGAAACAAUUCACGAAAAAUUGAUACACUUGAAUGUGGUCGGUCCGAUAAAUAUAAAAAUUUAUUGGAUUUACAUUAUUGGAUUUAUUGGAAAUGUCAUGGGAGUUGUAACUCAAACCGUCAGAGUGCUAAAUAUUGUCGAAAAUCUUAAAACACAAGAAAUGAUUAUUAUAUCGGUUUUAAAUACUUGUCAAUUAGUAGUAUUUUAUGAAUAUAUACUACUAAUAUUAUACACACAGUGGAUAGUGUACAAGAUAAAUGAACAAAUUCCUGAAAUAAGGUCGUGCUUAAGUACAUUCAGAGAUAUGUAUUUGGAAGUUUUAGAAUGCUUGAACGAUGUCAACAAAUCAAUAUAUGGUUUACCGGUCAUCAUAUUUAUUGCAGCAAACGUUUCCGAUAUAAUUUAUGUAAUAUACAGCCAUAUAUUAUUUCCUAGAAACCAGUUUUCUGUAUUGCCAGUCAUAAGAUUAUUAGUGAGAGCAUUUAAUAUUCUGAUAUUAUACAUGAUUGGGAACGCCACGGAAAAAGAGAUAAAUCGGAUGAGUUUUGUAUUAAAUCAACGAUCCGUAAUCGAAAGAAACCCUAGGAUUAAACGUCAGAUCAAGUUUUUUUUACUACGAAGAUUGCACGAGCACUUCCAUUUUCAGUUGUAUGGAAUAUUUUAUAUCAAUAUAAGACAACUACUUAUCCUAACAAACAGUGCAAUUGGUUAUUUAGUAAUUCAAAUUCUGUUCAGAUUGAAUAAAUAA